CCACUGGUCAGGUUCCCACUUUCUCUGAAAAUGUCUGUAACUAUAAUAGGCUUAUAAAUUAGCGGCCAACGACUCAGAGUUGGUCAUUCGAUUAUUCGCCAUCGAUAUCGUUAACGAAGAAUAACCAUGUCUCUCUACAGGGUUAUAGUUUUGGUUUCAUGUCUGUUAGCCUCAGCUACAGCUUUACAAAAACUCACAGAGUUAUACAAAUGGUCAUCGUUAGAUUACACAUUUUCUAGUGAUGAACACAAAAGUUAUGCUUUAGAACGAGGAGAAUUCGUGCCAGAAAACAAUUUGCCGGUGGGAAUCGAAGUAUGGAAAAAUAAACUGUUCGUCACUGUUCCAAGAUGGAGUAACGGAGUUCCAUCUACGUUAAAUUACAUACCAUUGGACGUAAGUUCAACCCAAUCACCAAAAUUGACACCAUACCCAAAUUGGGCAUACAAUAGAGAGGGAAACUGUGAUGGUUUGACAACUACCUACAGAGUAAAAGCUGACAGCUGUAACAGACUUUGGGUUUUGGAUUCUGGAACUGUUGGAAUUGGUAAUACAACAAAGCAAGUAUGUCCAUACGCUAUCCACGUAUUUGAUUUAACCACAGACAAAGUAUUAAGGAAAUACAAUUUAAGACCAGAAGAUACAAAUGAUCGUACAUUCAUUGCUAAUAUCGCUAUUGAUAUUGGAUCUAAAGGAUGCGAUGACACGUUUUUGUACGCAUCUGAUGAGCUGGGCUACGGUCUAAUAUCUUACAGCUGGGAAUUAAACACAUCGUGGAGGCAUACGCACAGUUUUUUGAUGCCUGACCCAUUAGCGGGAGAUUAUAAUAUCGGAGGUAUCAACUUCCAAUGGGGAGAAGAGGGAAUAUUUGGAAUUACGUUAUCACCAAUAACUGAAAGUGGUUUCCGAUUAUUAUUCUUCCACCCACUAGCCAGCAACCGUGAGUUUGCCGUUUCUACAGAAAUUUUACGUAAUCCCAAACUCACCUCUGAAGAAAUAUAUCACGAUUUCGUUGUACUACCAUCCAGAGGUGCUGGUGGUCACAUUACUGCACACUACAUGCACGAUGAUGGAAUUCUUUACUUCAAUUUGAUCGACCGUAAUGCUGUAGGCUGUUGGAAUUCUAGACUUCCAUAUGAACCUAAAAAUUUGGGAAUUAUAGAUGUGGAUGACGAAGCUUUGAUUUUCCCCAGUGACGUCAAAGUAGAUUCGUUAAACAACCUUUGGGUUAUUUCUGAUAGAAUGCCCAUUCAUUUAUUGUCAAAACUGAACUUCAAUGAUAUCAACUUCCGUAUUUUCUACGCACCUGCCGAUACGGCUUUGGCUGGUACAGUUUGUGCAAACAAUAUCCCUUAUACUCCACACGAACAGUCAAAUUAUGUCACCUCUAAUGUAUAUUAAAAACAAAAAAAAUAAACCAUUUCAAUAUCCAUUUUGUAUAAUAUCCAUUAUAAUACAAAUAAAUUAA